AUGGACCUUACAACUUUGUUUCACAAUCUUCAUGAAGAAGUGUCUUGCUCAGUGUGUUCGGACUUAUUCACAGAUCCUAAACAUCUCUCCUGUCUGCACAGUUUCUGCUUAAAGUGUUUGAAAGGAUGGUACCAAACGUGCGGGGGCGGAGACGCCAUUAGAUGUCCGAAGUGCCAAACCUUCUGCCAAGUUCCCGCAAGCGGUGAUCUUAAAGAUCUUCCCACCAGCUUUUAUUUAAACGGCUUGAUAGAUGUUCUUGCCAUUAAAGAAUGCAAAAACACUCAGGUGACAUGCGGAAACUGCGACAAGAAGAGCUCAGAAGCUUCGUAUUGUUUCCAGUGUUGUAUAUUUUAUUGCGAAGAAUGCUUACUCGGUCAUAACAUCAUGCGAGACAAUAAGGAACACCGCGUUUUGGCCGUAAAAGAGUUCCAAGACAGGGACUAUGAAGAUGUGUUAAAGCGACCAGUAUUUUGUUCAAGACAAGGACACCAGAAAGAGGAGCUGAAAUUAUUUUGCAAGGAAUGUGAGACGGCAGUUUGCCAAACUUGCGUCAUGCUAGACCACAAAGUUCAUAAGUUAACGCUGAUCGAGGAAGAAGCUGCGAAUCAAAGACUCGAGAUAAAAACUGCUAUCGAAACACAACGACAUAACUUAAACGAAAAACUGAACGUUGUCACUAAGCUAGAUGAAGAUUAUGCUAAAGUGAUUCAACGGAACGAAACUUUGAAGGGCGAUGUCCAAAGGUUUGCUGACGGGUUGAUAAAAACAAUUAAAGCAAAAAUGCAAAAUGUUAUUGACGCGAUGGAAAACCAAACGAAGAAGUCACUUGAAAGAUUAACAGCAAAAAAAGGUGAGAUUCAGCAACAGAUAAAUGUUAUUAAAUCAUCGCUGGAGGAAGCUGAUAAACUUCUAAAUCGAAGCACCACCACGGAAGUCGUUCCGCUUAAAAAAACACUGCAAACAAUCUUUCAGAGAGUGGAUGAGACAGAGCCUUUCGUUCAUGACCGCAGCAGUCUGAAAGCGUUUGUUUUCGUAGAAAAUCAGAAGAUGCUUGAUGUCGUCAACGGCGAAGAAAUUGGAUUCUUGGAAGAAGGUUACCGAACAAAAGCAAGCAAAUCUCUGGCUGAAGGUGAAGGAAAGAAAGAAGGAACUGUUGGGCGUAAAGCGCAAUUCAAUUUGAUCACAAGAAACGCAGUGAGAAAAAAGGUGUAUAAUGAAGAGGACCGUGUGACGGUAGAGAUCAAGGACGAGCAUGAACAAGAAUGCGUGACGGAAGUAAGAAUAGAUGAUAACAAGGAUGGAAUCUACAACAUCAGUUAUUUUCCCAGCGUUCAAAGGACAAUAAAGUUAUUAGUUAAGGUAAACGGGGAACAUAUUCAUGGUAGUCCUUUUGCUGUGACUGUAAAACCAUUUCAAGUCAAACCUGUUUUAUCUUUUGGAAAGAAAGGCUCGGGUGAAGGAAUGUUAAAUUAUCCUAUGGGGGUGGCAGUGAGUGAUAGGGACGAAAUAGUAGUAGCUGACACUUGCAACCAUCGGGUUCAAGUAUUUGACAGUAAUGGUACUUUCUUAAGAUCCUUUGGUCAUAAAGGAGAAAAUGCUGGAGAGUUUAAGAAUCCUACAGGAAUUGCCAUUAAUAAGGAUAGAAAUAUUCUCGUGUCAGAGUGUUAUAACCACAGAGUACAGAUCUUAAGUUGGGAGGGGAGGCACCUGGGUUCAUUUGGCGGCAAAGGAUGCCUUGAUAGUCAGCUCUCUUACCCUUGGGGUUUAUCCUUAGAUAGUACUGGUAAUGUUAUUGUUGCUGAUACAGGUAACAAACUGAUUAAGAUCUUUACCCCGGAUGGAAAGUUUAUAAUGAAGAUAGGUGGACAGGGUUCUUUGAGUUAUCCUGUUCACUGUGUUCAGUGGGGUGAAUAUUUCGUAGUGUCAGACUCUAAUGAACACUGUAUCAAAGUAUUUAACAGGGAGGGGCAUUUUCAGUACAAGUUUGGUAAGACGGGGGAAGGAAACGGGGAGUUUAAUUAUCCACGUUUUCUGUCAGUGACUCAGUCAAAGAACCUGUUGGUUUGUGAUCAGAAUAAUCACAGAAUACAAGUCUUUGAACUAGAUGGGAAGUUUGUAGGCAAAUUCGGUACAAAUGGCAGCAAAUUAGGAGAAUUUAAUGAGCUAUUCACAGUAGCUGUUCUAAGUAAUGAUCAAAUUGUGGUGUCUGAUCGCAACAAUAAUCGAAUUCAAAUAUUUGAAUGACAUCUGACAAGUUUUCCUAAGAAUUAUAACAAGCAUCACCAGUGGUCUUUUUCUAAUUUCUAAGUGUAGUGGGAUUACGUCAUUACAAUCACUAUUUUUCAAUUUCUUAGAAUCAAACGUUUUGUUAAGUUUAGCUCAGUGUAUGAAUUGUUUUCUUGUAAGCAAGACAAUCAGGGCUUUCUGGCAUUCACAUAUCAAGUAUCGUCCUUAGCGAAGGAUUACGAUGUACUUACUCGUUUUCAGGCGUCCCGAGCACUGUUCUUACGCUUUGGGCUUUACGCAUGGUAUCUCGGAAAGGGUGCUCUGUCACCAAUCAUUCGCGCCUUGCGUUUUGCAUCCUUCCCAUGACACUUGGCCCUGCAAAACAAGCCGAACACAAAUCCAAGUAUAUUCUGUGGCCAAAUAUAGACCUUAUCUUAGUCACUUUUGGGAAAAUUUAAUUUUCGCGAUCCCAUUUUAGUAACUUUCUGUUGAGGCAUCUACUUUUUAAAGCCUUUUAACUACAGUAGGUCAUCCUGAAAUGAAUUGACACAUUUAAGUCCUAAGAGUGAUCAGCGUCAAAUUUCUCCUUGAAAUAUCACUGCUUUAUAAAACGCAGUGGUCAUGAGAAUUGAGGGACUGAUCACACAAGAUGAAUCUAAUUGAUACUUCAACAAAUUCUGCCCACUGCUUCUAUUGAAAACAUAUAGGGACAACAAAUGAGAAUUUGAAUUUUGAUAUUAGGGUUAAAGGGUUAACUUAUGUAGAAACGUAUAACAAUAUAGAUAAGCGUAGCCACUGUGUAAUAGAAAAAAGGUCUUGAAAUAAAUUUUUUACCUCUUAAGUAACCCUGUGUUAUAUGCAGUUAUUUGUUUAAUCACACCAAUUCAGAGAUAUUAAAUAUAAGUAAUCCAUUCUACUAUGCUUGGAACCUGAUAAUGCCCAACAAUAAUGCAAGUCGCUUACAUUCCAAACGCUAGCUAGUAAUUGUACAACCCUUUAUGUUUCAAUUUAUUCUUUAAGGCAAUCUACUUUUCUUUUCGUUUGCAGUCUUUUUCGUAUUUCUACUUUGACUCGGUGGGUUGAUGUAAAAAAGUAGUUGAGAUCAAAAUUUAUGAAAAACAGACUGGAAGUAGGAAAGGCGGACUGAGGUGUUUUUUAAAAAAACAUUGGUUGCUUUUGAGUGCGUCCUGCGAUUAAAUAUCUCAUUUAAUAAGUCGUUUCAGCCUUAAGUGUUGCACGUUGAAACCAACCUAAAUUGUUGAAGUCUUCUUGGUUCGAGAAGUGCAAUAAAAACGUUCCAGGCCUGAUCCAUUAUUUGCGGAUUUUCACUAGAUCGUAAGUGCUUUCAUGACAUUGUAAAAGUUGUUUUUCACUGACGUGAGAGUCCUGGAGAGGGGGAGAGGUUCCUCCCUAUAAUGGCCCAUACGUGGAGACCCCGCCCGAAAGGGGGUACCUUUUGUAGGCUUAAGUCCAAAAGGGUAGGGAUUUCACUAGUUGUAGUAUAUGAAAGGGUAGGGAAAGCUGUUCAGUCCGUAAAAGGACCUAAAAGGGCUGACAGAAGGAUUUUGUGGCUGUGGGGGAGACAAGAAAACUUCCUGGUUUGGUGAGUACUUCUCUCACCCUGUCGGAGGUAAGAGUCGGAAUCGGACAAUGUUAGUCACAAAGAAUAAAGCAGCUGUACUUAAUUAGAGAGCGACAAUAUUCGGUCUCUGUUGGUUUUUUGUGAACGUCAACGUUCCUGGAAACGUUCGAGCUGGCCUCUUUAACCCUUUACGCCCCAAUUUCGACAGACAAAUUCUCCAGACUGGUCUCUAUACAUUUUCAUAUUGAAUACGUUGGGAGAAUUUGGUAGAAGAUCAAAGUAUUAGCCUGUCCCUUUGGUGAUUAUUUCAUUAAUUCUCACAACCUUUUCUCUUGAUUGUGUAUUGAUAUUGUUCGGAGAAAAUUGAUGUUUGUUACUUUUGGGAAUCAAAGGGUUAAUGUCUUUCACAAAUCGAUAAAUUGUUUCUGUUCCCUUUAUCAUGCUUGGUUUACUACUCACAAAUUACUAGACAACGUGCAGGAUUAAAAUUCAAAUUGCAUCUUUUAAAGCUGUGGUUUCACGCUCUGAUCGUGCUUUAGAAAGGCUUCACAGAUUUCACUUUGUUAUUAACCAUUGUUUUGUAUUCAGGUCUCAAAAUGCUUGUCAUUUCCGGUACUGGAACUCUAACAUAAGCAUUCCAUGACUGCUUCCUUAGAAGAUAAAAAGCUACAAGGCUUGAUUGAAUGGUGCAUAUUUGCCACUCAGAUCAUAAUGUAUCUGAAGUAAGUCUAAUUGUUACUGUAUCUUACAACUAUUUUCAAUCCUACCAAGAGAGUUUUUGUUUAAAUUUGCAAUACUAUCCAGUUCGCGCCUUUUGUCACACAGGUCUUACCCCUGGGGAUUUCAUUUCUGGGAAUCAUAAACCACGAAAACAAUAACAACCCUCUCACAACGAGGCUCUUUGAUUGGUUCAUUCUCUUUUAAGAUUCCGAGAAACGCUAAACAUAGACAAUCACAAGACUUCAUUGUUCAGUGUGAACUGCUUCAAGGUUCACGGCUCACUUGUGGUUGACGACAUAAUGGACCUAACAACUUUGUUUCACAAUCUUCGUGAAGAAGUGUCUUGUUCGGUGUGUUCGGACUUAUUUACGGAUCCUAAACAUCUCUCCUGUCUGCACAGUUUCUGCUUAAAGUGUUUGAAAGGAUGGUACGAAACGUGCGGCGGCGGAGACGCCAUUAGAUGUCCGAAGUGCCAAACCUUCAGUCAAGCUCCCGCAAGCGGUGAUUUAAAAGAUCUUCCAACCAGCUUUUAUCUUAACGGCUUGAUCGAUGUUCUUGCCAUUAAAGAAUGCAGCAAGUCUCAAGUCAAAUGCGGAAACUGCGACCAGAAAACUUCGGUAACAUCGUAUUGUUUCCAGUGUUGCAUAUUUUAUUGUGAAGAAUGCUUAAUCGGUCAUAACAUCAUGCGAGACAAAAAGGAACACCGCGUUUUGGCCGUAAAAGAGUUUCAAGACAAGGACUACGAGGAUGUAUUGAAGAGACCAGUAUUUUGUUCAAGACAAGGACACCAGAAGAAGAAACUCAAAUUAUUUUGCAAGGAAUGCAAGACGGCCGUUUGUCAAACUUGUGUCAUGCUAGAUCACAAUGGUCAUAAGUUAACGCUGAUUGAGGAAGAAGCUGAGAAUCAAAGACUCGAGAUAAAAACUGUUAUUGCAACACAACGACAUAAAUUAGACGAAAAAAUGAAUGUAGUCGCUCAGCUAGAUAAAGAUUACGCAAAAGUGAUUCAGCAGAGCGAAACUUUGAAGGACAAUGUCCAAAGGUUUGCUGAUGGGUUGAUAAAGACAAUUCGAGCAAAAAUGCAAAAUGUUAUUGACGCGGUGGAAAACCAAACGAAGAAGUCACUUGAAAGUUUAACAGCAAAAAGAGGUGAGAUUCAUCGUCAGAUAAAGAUUAUUGAAUCAUCACUGGAGGAAGCUGAUAAACUUUUAAAACGAAGCACCACCGCGGAAAUUGUUCAGCUUAAAAAAACACUCCAAACAAUCUUUCGGGAGGUGAAUGAGACAGAGCCUAUUGUUCAUGAUCGCAGAAGUCUGCAAACUUUUGGUUUUGUAGAAAAUGAAAAGAUGCAUGAUAUUGUGAUCAGCGAAGAUAUUGGAUUCUUGGAAAAACCCGCUUAUAGAACAAAAGCCCAUGAAUCUUUGGCUGAAGGUGAAGGACUGAAAGAAGGAACUGUUGGAUGGAAAGCUCAAUUCAAUUUGAUCACAAGAAACGCAGAGAGAAAGCAGGGGUACGAUCAAGGGGACCGUGUAACGGUAGAGAUCACGGACGAGCAAGAACGAGAAUCCGUGACGGAAGUAAGAAUAGAUGAUAGCAAGCAUGGAAUCUACAACAUCAGUUAUUUUCCCAGAGAUCAAGGGACAAUAGAGUUAUUAGUUAAGGUAAACGGGGUUCAUAUUCAUGGUAGCCCUUUUGCUGUUAUUGUAAAACCAUUUCAAGUCAAACCUGUUUUAUCUUUUGGAAAGGAAGGCUCGGGUGAUGGAAUGUUUAAUUAUCCUCGAGGGGUGGCUGUGAGUGAUGGGGAUGAAAUAGUAGUAGCUGACUGCAAUAACCAUCGGGUUCAAGUGUUUGACAGUAAUGGUACUUUCUUAAGAUUCUUUGGCCGCGAAGGUAAUUAUGCUGGAGAGUUCAAGUAUUCUGUUGGAGUAGCCAUUAAUAAGGACAGGAAUAUUUUCGUGGCAGACACUAACAACCACAGAAUACAGAUCUUUAGUUGGGAGGGGAGGCACCUGGGUUCAUUUGGCGACAAAGGAAGCCAUGAUAGUCGGCUCACCUACCCUUGGGGUUUAUCUUUAGAUAGUACUGGUAAUGUUAUUGUUGCUGAUACAGGUAACAAACUGAUUAAGAUCUUUACCCCAGAUGGUAGGUUUGUAAUGAAGAUAGGCGUGCAGGGUUCUUUUAGUCUUCCUGUUCACUGUGUUCAGUGUGGUGAAUAUUUCAUAGUGUCAGACUCAAAUGACCACUGUAUCAAAGUGUUUAACAGGGAGGGGCAUUUUCAGUACAAGUUUGGUCAGCAGGGGCAGGGGGACGGGGAGUUUAAUAAUCCACGUUUUCUGUCAGUGACUCAGUCAAAGCACCUGUUUGUUUGUGAUCAAGGUAAUCAUAGAAUACAAGUCUUUGAACGAGAUGGGAAGUUUGUAGGAAAAUUUGGUACAAAUGGCAGCAAAUUAGGAGAAUUUAAUCAUCCAAUCUCAGUAGCUGUUCUAAGUAAUGAUCAAAUUGUGGUGUCUGAGUACAAUAAUAAUCGAAUUCAAAUAUUUGAAUGA